CAGUGGGGCUCGCGCAAUUGACCUGUACCUCGCUAUAACAAUCACCUGUAGCGGGGCACUGCUUUCGGGGGCACAAUGGAGCACUCGCACUGCGAUCGCCAACUCGAGAUAUGAAGCCUCUAUCUUAGAGCAUUCACUAUGUACGCCACGCCCCAGUUUCACGCUGAUAUCACAUAUGCGGUGGACAGCAUCUUGAUUGACCUGUCCGCGAGAAGAUACGGACACGCUCUUGCAAGGCCGGAGCGCUCAUGGACAUAUAUAGUCCUGUGGGCUCGCGAGAUCACGCUUGUAGACCUUCCACCCUUCCUCCCGGUCUUCCUUCCAAAAGACCAUAUGAGGGCUAUUGCGGACUCAGAGUAUGGGCCCUUGGCAGCAUACGACAUAUAUGUAUGGCAAGUCAUCAUGACGGAUAUCGGCGUCGACUUUGUGCUAUACGGAGCACAAUUGGCACUAUUCAUUGCGGCCGCGUCUAUCAUUGCGCAUCGGCAGGGCCAACGACGCUUCACGCUAGUGGCGAUUCUAGGACUCUUCUUCUCUUCUACCAUCGCUGUCUUCUCCAACGCGGCAUUCUACUUGGUCGAACUCCCGUCCGCACUUGGUGCUUCGGAGCACGACGUCAACGGGCUCUUGGAUGGUUUGGAAGUACUAAUAGCGGUUGCCCGUCGCUCGAACUACGUGAUGUGUGAUGCGGUCCUCGUCUGGAGGGCUUGGUGCCUCUGGCAGGAUCACCGCCUUGCCAAGGCCCUACUAUUGACAUGCAUGUGUGGAAGCAUAGGUGGGAGUAUCACUGAGUGCGUUUGGGCCUUCUGGCCGAACUCGCCUUCCGCACACAGUUUCGAAAGCGUGGCCCAGUACCUCGCCAUGCUUAUUCCUCUCCUGUUCACCAACAUCGUGGCGACUUCCUUGAUUGGCAUCAAGGUCUGGUAUUACCGACGAGAGAUAAAAGGCUCUCUUGGGGUUUUCAAGCAGCGAUCGCAAGCAGAAAAAGUCCUCAUGAUGCUCUUGGAGUCAGGUCUUGUCUACUGCCUCUUUUGGGUCUGCGACUGCAUUACUUUCGCCACUGCAAGAACGAAUAGCUUCUCCAUCAGCGUCCCCCUGGGGAAUGCCAUUCAUAACAUUGCCGGAAUCUAUCCUACCUGCGUACUCUUCGUCUCCUUGCAGGGUCAAACGACUCAUAGCCUGCUCAGUGCGCAAGUCUCUCAGGCCAUGGAUUUCGCAGACCACCCAGCGGCGACGCACGGUCCCGGGUCAAGGGACGAGGAUGAAGCAGACGGCAUCUCCCAAGAGCCACUUGCUACUGGCAGCCGCGGAGGACCUCCGAGCACGCACGGUGCUCGAACGUCUUCAGGGGGAAAUGGGAUGGAGCGAGCGAGCGCAAUCCCAUCUACGACGUAAACAGGAUGCAGAUGGUCGACCGGCACUCACUGCGAGCACCAGCCAUAUUCACGUCACGGCUUGAUGACUUGG